GCCAUCUCUAGCCAAAACAACAAACAGCUGAUAGCAGGGAGCCAAUUGGAAGUAUUUUGUGAUUUCGCACCGCUAAUUCAAAGUCUUCUCCCGGAUUUUAGGAUGUCUGCCCUGCGCCGUGACGUGUCUCCCUUCUUCCAGCGCCUUCGGGCCUUCCUCCUGGGUCGGGAGCACAACUUGGCGCUGCGCUUCGAGGAUGGUUUGGCUGAACGCACCCAGCCCCAGCCAGUGCUCCCCGAUGGACCCUCGCACCUGUUAUCGGCCAACUACUAUUGCCAGCGUGAUGGUCGCCGCGAGGUGAUUCCCCCCAUCGAUCUGGUGGCCCAACAGCAGCAGUUGGAGGCUGAAGCCGCCGGCGCAGCUAAGGCAUCGACCAGCAAGCUGCCCACUCCCGGCAAGGUGUACUCCUGGGACUAAAGUCCUCAGCCCCAUCGAGGCAAAGUCCUACUUUUUUUUUGAGUUGUAUCUUGAGACGGUUAAAGCUAAUAUAUAGAAUCCAUUCAAA